AUGGCUGGUGAACCCGACAGCAGUGGCGAUACUGAAAGCCGUCCUGGCCAGUCCUUAGAGGCGACCAGGGCGGAGCGACGCAGGCGUCAGAACCGGCUCAACCAACAAGCUUGGAGUGAGUCACAUGCUAUUCUCAGCCCUGACUUGUGUGAGGCACGACACUUUGCUAACCCGGUUUGGUAUUGGACGAUAGGGCAAAGACAGCGGUGUCGAAGAGAAGCAGAGAGACAGCAAGACCAAGCUGAUAUGGGCAUGGCGUUGCCACCCGAUCCGGUGCAACAUUCCACGCCAGCUUUAAGCACACUGCUUGAGCUGAUCCGGGACGCCCGCGAACCUGAAGAGCUACAAAAGGCAAGAAGUUGUCGAUUAACGGACCAAAAUCUUUAUCAACUUCUAGCCGUCUUUGAAUCAGCUGCAUAUCGAAGUUACCGUGAAGAUCCGCGUGUUGACCACCGCUUGACGCUCGGCAAGCUGAACGUGUUUCGAGCCUUUGUACGUAAUAUUGCUGCUCUCGGAUACACACGGGAGUGGAUGACAGAUGAUGCUCUCUCAUACUUUAGUAUCGAUGGGCCUCAUCACCCCCCGGGGGCCCUGGUAACAUCAUGGGCUUCUCUCCCAGCCAGCCUUCGCCCGACAAAAUUGCAGCAGAGCCAGCCCCAUCAUCCAUGGCUGGAUUUCUUCCCUUUUGCGCAAUUGCGAGAUAAUCUUAUUCAUAACGAAGACACCAUGGACGACUCCAGCUUCUGUCGGGAUUUGAUGGGGUUUUGGAAUAUGCCAGAGGAGGAUAAUUGUAUACUCGUCUGGGGCAACCCUUGGGACCCCAUGUGCUGGGAAAUCACCGAAACCUUUCUGCGGAAAUGGGGCUGGCUGAUCAAGGGAUGUCCGGAGAUUAUCUGGUCCACCAACUAUUGGCGACAAAUUAGGGGGUUAAAGCGCCUGAACUGGCGGAGCUCCUUUGAUAGACUCAUUGAGGGCGGCAUAGCAACAAGUCAAUAA